GGCGCGCGCCGGCUCCUGACUGGAGGCCGCGGCAGCCGAGGCGCGAGCUGCCCGAUAAUGGCGGCUUGCAGAGCUCCUGAGAGGGAGAAGCGGCGGCGGCUGCCCUGAGAAACCUCGACCUUGAAGAUGGUGAGUAGCCAGCCAAAGUACGAUCUAAUACGGGAGGUAGGCCGAGGUAGUUACGGUGUUGUGUAUGAAGCGGUCAUCAGAAAGACCUCUGCAAGAGUAGCAGUGAAGAAAAUUCGAUGCCACGCACCUGAAAAUGUUGAACUAGCCCUUCGAGAGUUCUGGGCACUAAGCAGUAUCAAGAGCCAGCACCCAAAUGUGAUUCACUUGGAAGAGUGCAUUCUGCAAAAAGAUGGGAUGGUGCAAAAGAUGUCCCACGGCUCUAAUUCUUCCCUUUAUUUACAGCUUGUAGAGACUUCAUUAAAAGGAGAAAUUGCCUUUGAUCCCAGAAGCGCCUAUUAUUUGUGGUUUGUGAUGGAUUUUUGUGACGGAGGAGACAUGAAUGAGUAUCUGUUAUCCAGGAAGCCCAAUCGAAAGACUAACACCAGCUUUAUGCUUCAGCUCAGCAGUGCUCUGGCUUUCUUGCACAAAAACCAGAUCAUCCACCGAGACCUGAAGCCUGAUAACAUCCUGAUUUCUCAAAGCAGGUUGGAUACCAGUGACUUGGAACCUACACUGAAAGUGGCUGAUUUUGGUCUAAGUAAAGUGUGUUCAGCAUCUGGGCAGAACCCAGAAGAACCUGUCAGCGUAAACAAGUGUUUCCUCUCGACAGCAUGUGGAACGGAUUUCUACAUGGCUCCCGAAGUAUGGGAAGGACACUAUACAGCCAAAGCUGACAUUUUUGCUCUGGGAAUUAUCAUCUGGGCGAUGCUAGAGAGGAUCACCUUCAUAGACACAGAGACAAAGAAGGAGCUCCUAGGGAGCUAUGUAAAACAGGGGACCGAAAUCGUGCCUGUUGGGGAAGCACUUCUGGAAAAUCCCAAGAUGGAACUUCUCAUCCCUGUGAAGAAAAAGUCUAUGAACGGGCGAAUGAAACAACUGAUUAAGGAAAUGCUGGCUGCAAACCCUCAGGAUCGUCCGGAUGCGUUUGAACUAGAACUCAGAUUAGUCCAAAUUGCAUUUAAAGACAGCAGCUGGGAAACGUGACCUCCUGCUUGCAAGCAUCUUCGAUGACAUGCUGCUUCUGAUUCAACAGUGAUUCAACAUUAUGUGGCCGAAAAGAAGACGAAAGUUAUUCUCCACUCUCAAGGGUUUAGGUUUUAUUGUGGGGUAAUUUUUUUCUCUCGUUUUUCUUACUCCAUGCAGGCCAUUUUAUUGUAUGUUUUGAAUGUGUAUUACCAAUGUGGGUGUAAAAAAAAUUUUUUUUAAUGAUCAUUGGUAAAAGUUUGGCAGAAAAAAUUCUCUUAAGAGCCAAGCAGAGAAGAAAGUCCAAUUUUCUGGAAAUAUGUCUUUAAGUAUUUUAGACAUUCCUUGUCAGUAUUAGGCAUUUCCAUGGAAGAAGAGGUUUGCAUGCUGGUAAUGCGACCUUUGAAGCUUUGUAAAGGAAACAUAUAUGUAUAUAUUUAUGUAUAUGUAAGUAUGUGAAUGUGUGCAUUUUGCAUUCCACAUGAAGAAAAUGCCACUUCUGUUUAAAUUAUUUGAUAGAGGUUUGGGUUUUUGAGGUUUGCUGGUGAAAUUGCUGACGAAAACUACACAAAACCACCUUCUUCUUCCCUGCCCCUCCUGCUACGGGAAAUGUGCUAAGGGUAUUCGUUUUGUUUUUUGUUUUUUGUUUUUUCUUAUCCCAGUAUACAUCUGUUUUUAAAGGCAUCAUUUUGAAGGGUCUAAAAUGGCUGAUUAAACAUAAUUGAAGCUAAGCUGUACAAGCUGGUGGAGUACGUCUGAGC